CGGUUCAAGUAUUUCGUUGUCUCAGGUAACUCCAGACACACACAAAUUGUUCGCAGCGUCUGUACAGAGAUUACGGAGGAGUUUUUUUGUUUGUUAAUAUCAAAGAAAAUCAAAUAAAAAACAAAACACACUCACACAAAAUGAAGAAGUUUAUGAUUGUAUUUGUUGCACUCUUUGGAGCCGCUGUUGCCCAGGAAUCAUUCAAAUGUCCCGAUGAUUUCGGAUUUUAUCCCCAUGACAUUUCCUGCGAUAAAUACUGGAAGUGUGACAACAAUGUGGCUGAAUUGAAGACCUGCGGUAAUGGUUUGGCUUUCGAUGCCUCCGAUCCAAAAUAUUUGACUGAAAACUGUGACUACUUGCACAAUGUUGAUUGCGGUGACCGUACACAAUUGGAACCCCCAAUUUCCACACCCCACUGUUCCCGCUUGUACGGUAUCUUCCCCGAUGAGAACAAAUGUGAUGUCUUCUGGAACUGCUGGAACGGUGAACCCUCUAGAUAUCAAUGUUCUCCCGGUUUGGCUUACGAUCGUGAUGCUCGUGUCUGUAUGUGGGCCGAUCAAGUUCCAGAAUGUAAAAACGAAGAAGUUGCCAAUGGUUUCGCUUGCCCCGCUGCCGGUGAAUUGGCCAAUGCUGGUUCAUUCUCCAGACAUGCUCACCCCGAAGAUUGCCGUAAAUACUACAUUUGCUUGGAAGGUGUUGCUCGUGAAUAUGGUUGCCCCAUUGGUACUGUAUUCAAAAUUGGUGACAGUGAUGGCAGUGGCAACUGUGAAGAUCCUGAAGAUGUUCCCGGAUGCGAGGACUACUACGGCGAUUUGGAUUUGAAGAGCAUCCGCAAAAGUGAACUCUUAGCUGGUCUGCAAGGCGAAGGCCGUAAAAAGGGUGUAGCCAAGGGUGCUGUCUCCUCAUAAGCCCCUAUCACCACAACAUCACAACAUAAUUUCUCCACAUUAACUCCCAGCACAGCCACAAACUAACACCAACCAACCAACCGAUCAAUCAA